GGGGAGGGGAGCAUGGUACGGCCGCGGCUUUGCUUAAGCUGCAGAAGGGGAGAAAGCGGCCGAAGGAGGCGGAGGCGGCCAACGCGAGAAGCAGCCUAACCAGCUCAAGCACCUGUCAGCCGCGGAAUUGUGGAGCGCGGCACCGCCGACUGCAGGCAGCGCGCACUGCUCUCCUUUUCUGUCUUCCCCGCUUUAGGCAGCAGCGGCCCAAGCAACCUGUGCCCGGUCGCCCGCCAACAAGCGACCCCUCCCUUCUCGGCGGCAACAUGGAACAGCUGAAGGCUUUUGAUCAAGAAGUAAAUGAGUUUGUGGACUAUAUGUUUGGAGAUAGAGAUCCCAGGGUCAGAGGGUGGCUUAUGCUGGAUUCGUACUUACCUACUUUUGUUCUCACCAUGCUGUAUCUGCUCUUCAUAUGUCUGGGCACCACAUUUAUGAAGAACAGGCCUGCUUUGUCACUCAGGGGUCUUCUUAUUGUAUAUAACCUUGGAGUCACAGUGCUGUCUUCUUACAUGCUAGUAGAGCUAAUUCUUGCUACUUGGGAAGGAAGUUAUAACUUACAAUGUCAGAACUUGACCAGCGCAGGAGAAGCUGACAUGAGGGUGGCCCGGGUGUUGUGGUGGUAUUACUUUUCCAAAGUCAUUGAAUUUGCUGACACUGUUUUCUUUGUUUUGCGAAAGAAAAACAGUCAAAUUACUUUCCUUCAUGUUUAUCAUCAUGCCACUAUGUUUAACAUCUGGUGGUGUGUCAUGAACUGGAUACCUUGUGGACAAAGUUUCUUUGGACCCACUUUAAAUAGUUUUAUCCACAUCCUCAUGUACUCCUACUAUGGAUUGUCUGUGAUUCCAUCCAUGCGUAAAUACCUUUGGUGGAAGAAAUACCUCACUCAAGCACAACUGAUUCAGUUUUUGCUCACCAUUGCACAUACACUCAGUGCGGUUUUCAAACCGUGUGGCUUUCCCUUUGGAUGCCUCAUCUUCCAGUCGUCCUACAUGGCCACAUUAGUGGUUCUGUUUGUUAACUUUUACGUCAAGACGUAUCAGAAAACGUCUUCAAAAGCCAGUAUGAGAGAGAUUCCUCUGGUGACAGAAAUUAAGAAUGGGUUCCAUAAAGACCACCUAAAGGCAAUUAAUGGUGCUCUGAAUAAAAAAGCACAAUAACCGUAUUUUUAAUAUUACAUUGUAGAAUACAAAUACCUCUCAUAACACUUUUCUAAAACAAAGCAAGGCUAUUAUAUACAACUUUAGUAUAAUCCUAAACUCAGUGGUUAUCAAUUCUUCUACUCCCUGUUUAAUUAAUUUCUUUUUAACAAUACAGACUUGUAAAUGUGAAGGCAUUUAUCUCUUUUAUCCAGCUGAAGCAAAAUUGCAUUCUGUAAUUCUUAAUAUAGGGAGGAUGCCUUUAAUAACAAAGAUCUGGAUAUUCUUGAAUAGAAUCUACAAAUUUAAACUAGCAGCAGAGUGCAGUCUGUGAGAAAACAAUGGUUAUUGUUUGUUCAGUGAUACAGCUCCCAUUUCACUACUUUUUGUGUUCUUAGUUUCAAUUGAUUUAUAGUAGGGGAAAAAAAUCAUCUGUGUGCUCAAAAUCUUGAUUCCUGCCUUCAUGGUGCUAUAGAUUGCUCUUAUCCCCCAUUCUAGAAACAGGAUGGGAUAUAGAGUGCAACAAAAUUAAUUACAAAUUCAUGUUUAGCUACAGUGAACCCGUCUGAACAUUAAGGUGUCUGUAUGCCAUCUUUUAAAAUGCCUAC